AUGAAUAAAUUAUCUGAAAAUAAAAUUAAUGAAAUUAUUAAUUAUACAAUUGAUCAUUGGACGACUUAUUUUAAAACAAAACAUGUAAACACAUAUCUUGCAAUAAUUGGAUUAAAAUCAUUUAUCAAUAUGAUUAAUGAUAAUUACCAGAAACUUUGGCUUUAUAAUGAUCCACAUUAUGAAAAAAUUAGACUCAAUGCAAAAAUUAAUCUUACAGAUAUUUUAACUAAUGAAUAUAAUCCAAAACCUAUUUAUUGGCAAGAAGAACUUUUACAUCAAUUUUCUCAUCGUGUUUACCAAGAAUUAUUAUUAAUGAAUAAAAAUAAAGAAGAUUUGAAAAAAUUAUCAAAUGAACAAAUUGAAGAAAUUAUUAAUGAAACUAUUAAAUAUUGGACUUUAUUUUUUAACACAAAACAUGAAAAUACACAACUUGUAAAAAGUGGAUUAUAUGAAUUUAUUAACAUGAUAAAUAAUCAUUUUACUACUAUUUGGAAUUAUCAUGAUGGAUAUAUUGAAAAAAUAAAAAAAAAUUCAAAAUAUGCUGUUGAAAGUAUCAUAACAGAAAUUUAUGGUAGAAAAUAUUGGUAUUGGGCUGAAGAAGUACUUCAUCAAGUUUCACAUCAUGUCUUUCAAACAUUAUUACUAAUAAAUAAAAAUGAUCAAAAUGAUUUAAAUAAUAAUUCUGAAGAAAAUGAAAUAAAUAAUGAAUCAAAUAAUAAUUUAUUAUCUGAUCAAAAUUUAAAAAUAAAUAAAAUUCUUGAGAAUUUGAAUAUAAAAUUUUCUGAUAAUGAAUCAAUUAAUGAUAAAUUGAACAAAAUUAUUAAUUUUUCUGAAAUUAUAAAAUAUUUUUAA